AGAAGUCAUCUGUCAAAAAUUUAUCUCAGAAAUAAAUUGUAUCUUUAUUUAUUUUUAUUUACUUUUUCUUACAAAGAGUUUCUGUUUAAUCCACCUCCUUUUUUAUGUUUACUUAAAUUUAAAAACUUAAAUGGAUUUAAACGAAAUAGAUUCACUUGUUGCUGCAGCCUUUGGAGCAUUGGGUGUAAUUUUUCUUGGUGCAUUUGUUGGACUUGUUGUAAUUUGCAGGAAGCAGCAUCAAAGAAAAAGAUGGAGUCGUUUAGACAACAGGUCGGUUAAAAAGAAUAAAAACGAACAUGAAUUGGCGAUGGCACUGGGAGACAUUGGCUUGAAUAAUGCAUUGGAACAGAUUAUUAGUGAUCAGCAGUGGGUAGAAGAUGCAUCUGGUUUGAUACCACAUUGCUUGGUUAUUCUUCGGACAUGCCAUGGAUUGACUGAGAGACUAGCUACACUUGCGAUGGGUCAGAGCGUCAAACGGUUUAGUAACCGACUUACUGAUGCUGCUAAGCGGAUUCCAUCGCGAGUCGAUGAUGUGGUACAGGCAAUGUAUCCACCCCUUGAUGCCCGUCUACUUGAAGCUAGAGUAGCAGCUUUAGUCUUGGCAGUUGGACAGUUAGCACUGCUAACGCAAUCGGCAGUUGGUUCACAAGUCGAAUGGAUUGAUGAGAAUCUCGAAGAAAUGGAUAAGCAUUUAAUACUCUUGAGAAAUGUUUCUCAGGAAAAGGAAAGUUUCAAUAGACCUGAAAUGAGUGCAUUCGUAUGAAAACGAUUGAAUGUGCCUGUCAUUUUUGAAUUUAAAAGUUAACGAACAAAAGACAAUAUAUACAUACCUAUGUUAAUUUAAGUAAAAUAUAUGCAUUUAGUUAUAAGAGAGGAGAUAU